AUGCUACGGAAGAUAUCAACUCAAAACUGGGCCAUAGUUGCAGGACCAGUCCUAGUUGAUACUACAGAAUACUAUCUACGUACAAAAGUUGGGAUGGUAACAACACAUGAAAUCAUUAAAAUUUAUGGCCAAAGUGAAAUUAACAAUGAGCGAAUACUGGCCACACUAAUUCCGGUUUCGAAAAACUCACGAGGACAAAAAGAUUUGGAACUUAUACCAAAGACAACAUCAGUUGCUGAUAUCGGUGAUGGAUUUGUUCAAAUUCGUAUUUGUCGCCUUUUCAAGACACCUGAUUCAAAAGCAUACUCAUUACGUGAAGAACUUGAACUGAGAUGUGCGAAUGCAAAAAGCAAAGCUAAUAAGGUUACGAAUUUUCUCGUCAAUUUACAAAAAAUGAAUUGUGGUCUCAAAGUAAACAAUACAAUGAAUUUGUAA